CUCUGCCACUAGCUGGUGCCUCAUUGCAGUUAUCUACAGGGCUUGAGGCGGGCAACAACAUCUAAAUCUAUCUAUCCCAAUCUCACCACUAUUAUCCUUCUCGGAAUCUUUGCCUCUGUGGUUGCGUGUGCCGCUUUCUUCAUCACACGCAUGCUUGGUCACCACACGAAACAAGUCCAUACGUACGGCAAGCGCCAGACCCGGAUCGUCAAUGCAGAAGAACGCUUCCCGAGGGCGCCUCCGUCCAUAUUUGACGAUCUUCCAACGCAGGUUAUGGUCCCAGUGGUUUCACGCAUGAAGCGGCGGGAGAAUACUAUUGUCGGCACUGCGACGAGGACCAAAUCUAAGACUAAACCGCCUUCGCCCAAGGUCAUCCACGUCAGCAGAAGAAGUCGCGCGUCUCCUCCUGCCCGAAAACACCCCCAGAUUCGCCGAAUCGAAGCCGGAGACGAUGACGGACCCGCAAAACGGACACCGUCCCGUCAGCCCCUUGGCGUUCGACCGGCCAAUACACCGCGAUCACCCCAAGUUGCACUUCCUCUCAAGUUGCGACGGAGCUCGCCGAAGAUGACGCCCUUGAUCAACAAGCAGUUUGCGCCAUACAUGGACAUCUUGGUGCUAGAUGACAUGGGAAAUACGCUGAGCCAGGAGAGGCGGGUUUCGAGGCCGACUGUGAUCAUAAGUAGUGACAGUGAAGACGAUCCCCCUGUGCAACCUAAACCAGCUCGCAGGCUACGAAAAUUAGCCCCCUUGCGAAUUGAAUCGGAUGAAUCAGAUUCGGAGGACGAAAUCCCAAUGAGAAUCGAGACACGCGUCCCCAAUCCACAUUUCGAUCCGACUACACGACUGAAAGUAGAAGUGGUCAUUCCUACUGCUGUUUCCAUUGCAUCACUGCCCGCGAUCCGACCACCACCAAGGCCCUCGCUCAAAUCCUCGCUCAAGUCUUCAGCUAGUCAACGACCUCGUGUCGGCUCUCCAAUUAUCAAAUCACGGCAGUUGACUCCUGCUCGCCGUAGAGGUCUUUACACUCCACCCUCGCCUCCAUCACCUUGCACCUCGCUGGACGAAGAUCUUUCGUUUGAUUUAUCUUCGUUGGAAAUCUCCGUAAUCCCGGGAUCGGAGCAGCAUUCUGCUUCUGAGGAGGUUCCCGAGUAUCUCCAACCACUCCUGGCUGAAUGCGGUCAGACAGAGAGUGGGGUGCACGAGUUCUCUGCGUUCAUCCGAACGUUCCCUUUGGAUACGUUGGUCCGAAACAGCGAUGCUCCGUCGACGUUCCGGAAAAUCGGCGAGGCCAGCUAUUCGGAGGUGUAUGGGAUCGGAGAUGUCGUCCUCAAGGUUAUCCCUUUGCGAGACGAGUCCCACCGGCAACUGCGGCCCAAAGCGCGAGAAGACACUUUGGACGUGCCAUUCUCGACGGACGUCAAGGAUGUGCUCAAAGAGAUCAUCGUCACCGAUGCGAUGGGCCAAGUGUGCGACGGAUUCGUGGAUCUGUUACGGACCUAUAUUGUCAAGGGCACGUAUCCGCAAAUUCUCUUGGAGCUUUGGGACGAAUAUGAGCGGGAAAAAGGGACUGAGAGCGUCCGUCCAGAUACGUUCACGGUAUCGCAGGUCUACGCAAUCAUUGUUCUCCCCAAUGGUGGUCCCGAUCUAGAGGCGUUUAAGUUCUCCCCAAAGACACCGUGGAGGCAAGCAUCCAGCAUCUUUUGGCAGGUUGCAAAGGCUCUAGCACAUGCCGAACAACUAGUGUCGUUUGAGCAUCGCGAUUUGCAUCUGGGGCAGAUCCUUGUCAAAGACAUGCCGGUCCAACCUUCGCGGGCCUUGCAAGCUGUCAACCAGAACCGCGCGGCACUGACCAAGACAGCACCUGUGACAAUGGACUCGUCAGCAGCUGCAGUGCAAGUCACACUCAUUGAUCUGGGCCUGUCCCGGAUGGACGCCGGUGAUGGGGCUGGAGGCGAAAUGGUGCAUUGGACUCCGUUUGACGAGGAAAUCUUCGCCGGAGAGGGCGACUACCAGUUUGACAUAUAUCGCUUCAUGCGGGAUCACAACAGCGGCGACUGGGAAGCCUUCCAUCCUUUGACUAAUUCAAUGGCUCAGUGGUUACAUCACCUCGUUACCAAGCUGCUCAAGGGAAAGGGUCUGAAAGCGCCAGCUCGAAGAAAGACGAUCACACCGAAUCGGACGUCCAGCACCUUCAGCGAACGGGACUGUCAUGAGUGUUUGCUUGAUCUCGAGGAAUGGCUGGGAAGAAGUAUAUCGGCUGUUUCCGAAGUGGAAAAAGGCAAGAGCAAGGGAAGAAAGAAGAGAACGAUGCCCUCUGCUUCGAAAGUCACCCCGCCAGCCUUGCUCGAAGGUCCUAUGUGUGCUGGCGAGGUUGUUGGUUAUGGUAUCAAGAAGGGAUGGAUCAACGCGGUUGCCUAA